AUGUCUGCCGCUAUUGAUGAGACUCCAUUGAGUGCUGCACCCCUCGAGCGUCGCAACUCGUUGGAGAAGCACCUCCAGACGCGCCCGGAUAUGCAGGACCUAAAGAACCGCCAUAUCCUGCUUGACACCAAUUUGGCUCCAUCCCUCCAGUCAGCCCAGCAGGAGCUCGAUCGUCACCGUGCCACAGAUAGUCUGAAGAAAAAUCUGGAGAAGAGGCCUGACCGAGAUGAGCUGGUGGAGCGGAACAUCCUCCCCGCGACCACCGCCGCACCGGCCCUGCAGGCUCAAGCCCGCGAGCUCGAACGCCACAUGCUAGCCGAUAAUCUCGAGCAUAAGAUUCAGAAUCGCCCUCAGCCAGAAACGCUGAUCACUCAAGGCAUCCUGACGGAAGAUGAAGACCCUCGAUCGGCUUGA